AUACCAGCUUGGCAGAGGGGUGAAACCACCUCUCUAUCUCUUUUGAUUAAUUUAUUGGUUUUUGAAAUGAAAGUCUGGCGCUACCAUAUUUGUCUCUACACCGCAUGUUCCUGCCCACCCUCCUACCAUUCCUCAUCCUUCUCGCAUUCGCAUACUCCCCCACCUCACAGCUUCAACUUUCACUCUCAAGUCUUCAUCUUCAGCGAUCAUCUACUACCUGUUUUGUCGUCCUAACCAUAUUGAAAACUCACCUCUCAUCCCCCCACUCCCACCAUAUCAAUCAUAUCAUGCGUAUCCGCUAUACCCCCGUUCCCUCGUCUUCCGGAUUCCCUCCCCAUACUCCAUGGAUAGAUCAUGAAUACCCAUAUAUCAUAUCAAACUUAUACCAAACCAUCAAUCGCACUAAGCGUGUAACUAUCCACCUAUCCAUCCAUCCAUCUAUCUAUCUAUCUAUCUAUCUAUCUACACAAUACUCAAUCGCUUCCUCCCCUACCAAGCUGCCAAGCUACCAACUAACCAAGAAAGACAUGCAUAAAUGCUUACAUACACACAUACACACCUACAUACGUACAUUACCCUAACUUACACAUGCAUGCACACAUACAUGCAUUUAUGUCAUGUGCGUACAUACGUACGUAUAGACGUAUAGAUGUAUGUAAAUCUCUCCCCCACUGACCUAUCU